AUGGCACCCCCAACUCCCACCGGCACCACGAUCUUUCACGUGCCCUCUUUGGGUACCAUCAAGGGUCUCAUCUUCGAAGAUGGCACUCGGCAGUUCUGUGCCAUUCCUUACGCGAACCUCACCAAACGCUGGACACGCAGCGUCUUAAAUACCUUGCUCAAAGACGGCUUCCACGAUGGAACACAGCAUGGUCCGAUUUGCCCUCAGCCUCCAGAAUAUGCUGUCGAAUUCCACGAUAUGGUCCCAAUCAGGAGAUGCUCGCAUUUUAAGCCAGACGUUGAAAGCGAGGCGGACGCCCUCAACUUGAACGUGGUGAUGCCUGAAGGCGUCGGCCCUACGGCGCGCCUUCCAGUCAUGGUCUGGAUUCACGGAGGUUCGUUCAUUUUCGGCGCGGCAACGCAUCCUGGGUACGACAUGGUCAACCUGGUGUCGUUUUCCAACGCACGAGGAACUCCAAUCGUCGGCGUUAGCAUCAACUACCGGGUCGGCCUGUUUGGGUUCCUCGCCUCUGCUGCAAUUAGAGACGAUCUUGCAAAAGAUGGCUUUAAGGGCGUCGGCAACUUUGGCUUAACGGAUCAGCAAACUGCCUUGGAUUGGGUGCAGCGGUAUAUUGGCGCGUUUGGCGGAGAUCCCGGCAACGUCACCAUCUUCGGCGAGUCGGCCGGUGGCAUGAGCGUUUGCCACCACACCUGGGCAGCGAAUCCUGCCACUUUCCACCGUGGCAUCAGUAUGUCGGGCAGCCUACACACGUGGCCAGUCUGGUCGCUGGAACAGCACGAGAGGCGAUGGAACGUCCUUCUGAAGCGCUUCGGCAUUGACCCUCUGGCAUCGGACGCCUUGGAUCGGCUUCGCGACGUCCCAGAAGCCGAGAUUGCAGUAGCAACUUGCCCGAUCGAAGGCACGAUUGAUGCAACGGGCAACAUGUGUGAUGACGGAUGGUUCUACGCCAGCUCUCCCUCGCCGGGAAAGUACACAUCGCCCCCUGCUUGGCUGAACUCCUUCAUGAUCGGGAACGUAACGCACGAAGGCAUGAUCUUUUCCCACAAUCUAUCGGUGCAAACGCUUGAACUUGCUCGACAGCGACUGUCCAUCUUUCUCAAGGAGCCCGAAAUAGAGCUGGUGCUGCGAGCAUAUGGCAUCAACCCCAGUGCCAGCACAGAUGACUGGAAGAGAAACUUGGAGCAGAUGGUUGCUGACGGUCUCUUUGGCUUUCUGGACCGCAAGCACGCUCAAGCAUCUGAAAUCCCUAUCUAUGCGUACCAUUUCGACCAGAAGUCGACCCUAGAUGGCCUCUACACGGGCCUUGCCCACCACGCCAUCGACAUCGGGUACGUUUUCCUGAACAUGAAGGAACAGAUGACAGACGGUCAGCGCCGAAUCGCAUCCAAAGUCGCUGGCGAUUUCCUCGACUUCGCGUAUGGGAGGGAGCCCUGGGAGCAAUACAACAAGCGCAGUCGCUGGAUGCGCUACGGACCCGACGACACCUGCGCCAUGAUCAGCGAGGAGGAGGCUGAGCCGGUUCGCAAAUACAGCAGGAUGAAUGCGAUUGUCAAUGCAGGCAUCUUUGAGAACUGGGUCGCUGCCAUGGACGAUUUGGCCAACGUGAGAUGGAUGCUUGGGUCGACGUCUAAGACCCUACUCAGCUAUACAACCUAA